UAGGCCCGUGGAAAGCCGGCAGUGAGGGACGGGCGUGUCUUUCGCCGAAGGAUGGCGAAGCGCAAUGGCCGCUUCAAGAUCUGUGUAGGUAGGUGAACGCCAGUCCUGCGGGGCUCGAUCCAACGGUCGAUAUCGCGAAAGAAGAUUAAUCUUUCUUUCGUGCAAAAGAUACAAUCCGAAACCGGCAGUCAGCUGGUCUGGCCGCUUACCGAGUUCGCAGCGUCGGAUACCAGAAACAAACCACGCCGAGGAUCCCAAUUUUUGAUGCGUCGCGCUUCCUUGCCCAUCGAACGGCGUCUCCCAGACCUCCUAGAGCACUGCAACUUCCAGCAGCUGAAGCAAAUCCAUGGCCUCCUCGUCACCUCCUCUCUCUCCCGAGGCCCCACCCUCUCCUCCCUCUUUCUCCGCCGCGCCACCGAGCUCGGCCGUAUGGCUUACGCCGAGCUCGUCUUCUCCUCCGCCGGCGCCCUUCCCCACGUCCUUCUCUGGAACGCCAUGAUCCGAGGCUACGCCUACAAUGGCCCCCACGAGAACUGCCUCCAUUUGCUCGAGGAAAUGCCUCAGCGAGGCCUGAAGCCUAAUGAAUUCACUUACCCGCAUGUCUUAGUUGCAUGCGCCCGCCUUGGAGACUCUAAGUUUGGGAAGAAGGUGCAUUGCCGAGUUAUCAAGGCUGGCUUCGAUCUUGUCCCUUCGAUUGGUAGUUCGCUGUUAAAUUUUUAUAUAGAGAUGGAACGAUCUCGCCUUUUGGUUGGAUCAUUGGCCGACGGGCGGAAGGUUUUUGACGGUUUGGCGGACAAAACGAUUGGACUGUGGAAUCGGAUGAUAUCGGAAUAUGUCGGUUUCGGUGACUUCGGGUCUGCAAGGAGGCUCUUUGACGAAAUGCCGGAGAGGGACGUGGUAUCAUGGAAUGCGAUGCUUUCGGGCUACGUGAGAGCCAUGGACGUAGAGAGCGCGAAAGACUUAUUCCAAAUGAUCCCAGCGAAGAACGUCGUGUCUUGGACGUCCAUGAUCAGAGCUUUAGCUGAUUCGGGCGAUUUUAGAGCAGCAAGGAGAUUGUUUGACGAGAUGCCAGUGAGGAAUGUGGUAUCUUGGAAUUGCAUGCUUUCGAGCUACACCCGUCAUGGAAGAUUUCAGCAGGCAUUGGAUCUCUUCCAUAAGAUGCAGGCAGAUGGAGUUGUUCCAGAUGGCUUCACAUUUGUUUCAGCUUUAUCAGCUUGUGCUCAUCUCGGAGCUUUGGAGAUCGGAAAAUGGAUUCAUUUCAACCUUAUAAGAGACAGGCUUCAAUCUGGAGCUAUAGUGGGGACUGCACUGGUAGAAAUGUAUGCCAAGUGCGGUGACAUUGAUAGAGCAUUUAUAAUCUUCAUCAAGAUGGUCAAGAAGGAUGUGUUCUGUUGGAAUGUAAUGAUUAAAGCGCUCGCAGUUCAUGGAAGGGUGGCAGAUGCUAUGAAACUCUUUGCACUAAUGAAAAGAGAAGGACUUUUGCUCAAUGACUUCACAUUUAUGAGUGUGUUGUUCGCUUGUAGUCAUGGAGGGUUUGUCGAAGAGGGUCGCCAAAUCUUUGAUUCUAUGGAGCGAGACUUCAAGAUUGAGCCAAGAAUCGAACACUACGGGUGUUUAGUUGAUCUGCUCUGCCGUAAUGCUCAGUUGGAAGAAGCACAACAAGUGAUAAAAGAGAUGCCUUAUGAGCCUGAUGUUGCUGUGUGGGGAGCUCUGCUUGGUGGUUGUAGAACAAGGAAUGAUCUUAGAUUGGCGGAGAAGGCGAUGGAAAGAAUUGCAGAAUUGGAAGUCGACGAGGGCGGAGUUUACGCCCUUGUAUCAAAUAUGUAUGCUGCUUCCAGUGAAUGGAAUGAGGCACUGAAGGCAAGACAGAAGAUGGAGCAGAGAGGAAUUCAGAAGAGCAGAGGAUGUAGCAGCAUUCUUGAGGCUGCUGAUGUGAGAUAGUGGCCAUGGAUGUUGCAUAGCACAAUAGAACAACUGAACAAGCUGAACCACAUAAGCAUGGUCAGUGCAGUGGCAAUGAAGUACUAGUUCAAGUUAUGUAAAGCUGCUGGAAUUAUGGUGACAAAUUGAGGAAUGUGUUUGGGAGUUGAGGAAUGAGCAAAAUCAGCUGAAAGAUUUGUUAGCAGAAAGGGCUAUUAUAAUUUAUCAGAAAGUAUUGCAGGUGAAGCUGUGGAGAGUCCUAUUGCACGAGUUUGGUGCAAAGCAGCAAACAUGUUGAUGGUGCAGCCAAGGACUCUAAAAUUUGAAAUCCGACCAAUUCGCCGGCCCGAAAGUGAACCUGGUUUACGCCCGAUUCAGUAGGGUCGAGCGCAGGCGUAGCGGGCAGCGGCGCUAUUUUUGUUUCGAAGGGCAGGCUCGGGCGCCGGCUCAGGCCCCAUCCCCUGAUAACCGACAUCGUCGUCGCACUAUUUAUUUGCUUUCACGCAGAGAGAGGCUUCUACGAGGCGACACAGCUUCCUCUUCUUCUAGUUUCUUCGGCGGCCGUCCGACCAGGAGGAGCCCAAGAUGCCAACCUCUAUGGCUGUGAACAUGUACCCGCUCGCG